UGUGCGCGCGGCCGCUGGUAGAGGACGAGCAGCGCGACCGGACAUUCAGCUGCCUCAUCCCCGCUGCGAGUUCCCGAGCAGGAGAAGAAGAAGAAGAAGAAGAAGAAGCCGAGGGACCGGAGGAGGAAGAAGACUCGUUCUCUCCGACAUUAUUACUGUUCACUCGACGGCUCGGUGAAUUGUGUUCGCCAUGAAGCUCCUGUGGGCUGUCAGUGCCCUUCUGCUCAGCUGCUGGCGAGCCAAUGCGUCCACAGCUGGGUUUAUCAAGUCUCCACUGUCUAAGAUGAAGCUGAUCAAUGACAGUGCAGAGCUGUAUUGCGAGGUGAUAGGGAACCCCAUCCCAGAGGUGCAGUGGUGGUUUGUACAGGGUGAAGAGCCCAACGAGACCUUCACGCAGCUCUUUGAUGGGGCACGGGACUACCGUGUGCAAAUUAACGCAACAUACGUAGCACAUGCCACAAGCACCAUUCACCUCACUAGCCUCACCCUCGACGACUCGGGCACAUAUGAGUGCCGAGCUUCCAACGACCCUGACCGCAAUGAACUGAAGAAGACGCCCAAAAUCAAGUGGAUCCGCUCGCAGGCAAACAUUAUUGUGAUUGAAACCCCAAACAUCAUUGCCGAUCCUACGGAGGUCAGCAAUCAGACCGCCGCAAUGCUCAGCUGCAACUUGACAGAGUCCAGCCUUCCCAUCAAGGGAUCCCACUGGACGCACAACGGCAAGAUCAUCGAUAUUUCAGUGUCCAAAGAUUCCACUCCAUUCACGGCCCUCCAUUUGCACAAGAUCACUCACCAAUCAGCUGGGAAGUAUGAAUGUGUGUUCAUGACUGAGCCUGAGGUGAAGCAGACAAUCGAAGUCAAAACACUCCCCCAUGUUUCUACCCGCAAACACUCCGAGCAUGGCAAUGAGAACGACCAAGCUGUGCUGGUGUGUGAUAGCCAUGGCUAUCCACUGCCCACUGACUGGACCUGGGCCAAAGAGGUCGAUGACGUGCAAACACCUAUCGUCAACGGCACAAGCGACAAAUACGAGAUCAAGAGCACCCCCAACAAGACCACCCUGACCAUUAAUAACCUGAGUAUCGAAAGCGACAUUGGAGACUACAUCUGCUCUGGAACCAACGAACUCGGUACAGCCUCCGAUAAGAUCCACUUGCGUGUUCGCAGUCGCCUGGCCGCUCUCUGGCCCUUCCUUGGCAUUGUGGCCGAGGUCAUCAUCUUGGUGGCCAUCAUCUUCAUCUAUGAAAAGAGGAGAAAGCCCGAUGAGAUCACCGACGAUGACGACUCAGGAUCUGCUCCUCUGAAGAGCAACUCUAAUGACAACCACAAAGACAAGACUGUGAGGCAGAGGAAUUCUAACUAGAAGCUGAAAGUGAUGGACGCGCAGAUGGCAGUCCAUGACUCGGCUGUUUUUUGGCACAUUCUUUUGUGCACCCUGCAAUUAUAAGUACCUUUUUGUGCUCGGGUGUUGAUGUUUUAAGAACCUGAAGGAUUUCCUCUCAUUUACUUUUCUUCUAUAUUCUUCUCCACAUUGUGCAACCAGAGAACAUAGUGUGAAAUAAUAUUUUCUGCUUGAGGCCUCCGGGGCAAAUAUUGCAUGAGUUUAAACGCUGUUCUAGCCAAGUGUGUGUAUUUGUUGUGAAAUCAUUAGCAGGUUCAUGUGAGGAAUGCUUAGUUUGUGGUUCUUUUCUGUUCAUGCUGAUGCUUCCUACACUGACCGCACAGUUGUCAGUCUUUACUUUUUAUAUUCUCCGAUCAGGAAUGGUGACUUGUAAAGCAGCACAAGUUUUGUUUAGAGGAUCUGAAACACGUUUUUUGAUCCUGAUCCAUCACUGCCAUUCUUAUAGCGACGACUGAAGCGUGUUUGAAUUCACACGUUUUGAUCUGUCUCGAAACCACCACAAACCUUUCUCUGCAGAGUUUUAUACUUUGCCUUAACAAGCACUGUUUCUCCUCACUCCUCUUUGCAUUUUUUCACUUGUUACAAUUUAAAAUGUGAGGCUUAAAUUAAAAUGCGGAAAUUGUGAAGAUUCAAUGUUUUUAGGUUUUGUUGCCAUAAUAAAUUUGUCAUGCUUUUAUUUAAUUUUAAUUUUCACAUAUUUUAAAAUAAAUUUGUAUUCACCUCUUGUGUUUGUUGCCGAUGUCACAUCCACAAUAAAAAAUCUUUUUAAGGACCAAGUGCAAGAGAUGCAAAUUGUGUUGCUUCAGUUGAAUGCAACGUAAAUACUGAUGUACACUAAUGUUAAGAAACUGCAGAUGAACAUUCAAUAAGUUGUUUUGUCUUUUUCACUCAUUGUGAUCUGAGCUAAAUCAUUUUCUGUGCGACUGUCGGACCACUGUCUCUGUCCCCUUCACUGUGUAGAUGAUUCAAAGCCAUACAUUUAACCUGAAUAGUGUUGUGAUUGGAUGUUACCAUUUCAGAGUUUAACGAAUAAAAAAAGACCUAACAGGAUUUGUGCAAACUGUUGUACCAUCCAAUUACAUGGAACACCAUCUGUUGAACAACUUGCACAAACUGAAUAAAGGUAUUUGAUUUUA